UGCAUCGCUGGGGUAAGGGAAAAGAAACCUCGAGCUGGACCCCCAUGUGGCCAGGACGUAUGUGGUCCCUGUAAAUUAUGUUCUCUUUCACGACCCCUCACAAAGUUUACUCACCUCUGUUCUUUAAAAUCCCAAGAUAUUAUAAAUGUUAUAAAGAGUAAAUACCCAGAUAUUCCAGAUAAUAGUUGUAUAUGUGAUCCUUGUAGGCAGAAGUUCUGGAAAAAGGCCAGACAUCCCCCUUACACACCUGAAAAAAGUCGGAAAAAGCCAAAACUCAUGUGUUUUUUAUCAACCUUUGAUAUGUGUGAUUUAGAAUCAGAAGUUGAAACAAAGUGUGAAUUGGAUGAUUUUAAUGAGAUAUUUUCUCUAAACUGUACUUCUAUAGCAGAAAGUAUAUGUCUGUGUAAGAAACAUCGAACUCAAAUUUCAAAUUUCAAAAUUAAUGUAUCUUGUUCAGUUUGUGGCUUAUCUCUAACUUCUGGAAACAAAAAAUAUUCAUCUUUAAAUCUACACAAUGAGUCUGUAGAGAGAUUACAACAAAUCAAUUCUAAUUUUGUUGUAGAUAGGAACACUGUAUUAUGUCAGACAUGCCAUCGAUUAGCAUUACGUUCUGGACCACAAAAAACAACAUUAGAUCAGAUAAAAGAAGAUGUUGAUAAGCAAAUAAAAGACCUUGAUAAUGUGUCAGACAGAAAUGCGCUUAUCUCUAAAGCAUGUGCUCUCACAUAUCAGCAUGUUAUUAAGCUAUGUAAAUCAUGUGGAAGUUUCUUCCUGACAGAUGCAUAUUUUUACUUUUUAAAAUAUCUUAAGAAUGUAUGCAGCACUGAUAUUAUAUAUCAUCAGUGUCAUCGGUCAAAAACUUGGUUUAUGGCAAAAAUAAUGACCCAGUUUGGAGAUGCACUGUGUAUCAACAAGUCUUCUCGUAGGAAAGGAAUUUUUUUUUAUGUUAAAGAUCUGAGUAGGGACGAUAUAAUAAGCCAUUGGCAUGCUGCCCAAGCUGAAGUUAGGGAAUUUAAGAAAGAAAAGGGAGACAAUUUUGAAGACAUUAAUGAAGAGGAAAGAUUUUCAUUCAAUAGUGAAUCCCACAAUACUAAUACAAAAUACCAUGAAAUCAUUUCUCUGUUAAAUAAUAUAGUAAGAUGCCAAGGAAAAAAACUGACAGAUAAUUAUGUUAAAAAUCCCUUAUCUAUUUUAGACUUUGGAUUUCAGGAUGUGAAAUCAUUUUUUAAUCCUGUACUUUGGAAUAUUUUAUGUGGAAUUACAGGCAGCAGAGAAGAGAUUUCGGUCAUUAAUAAUUCAGUAGAUGCCCUUGACAAAAAGUUACUUUUUUUCCCAGAUAGCAAAACAGGCCCAGGGAUUCAAAAAUUUAAUAAGAGGAUUACACUGAUGUUUAUCUUACAGUUUAUUUUAAAUGAUGACAAUACUUAUCCAUUCCACAUCAUUGUUGCAAAUUGCAUUAAAAAAUUAUCUAAUUCAUCCAAACUUCUUAAAAUUAUGAAUAAUUUAGGAUUUUCUUGUUCAGAAUCAACAUUAGAAAGAUAUCUCCAGAAACUACAAGACAUUCGACAAUCUACUGGUGUUCUCUCUAAUUUAAUUCCAAAUGGCUUAACAUAUGUAUCUCUUGAUAAUAUUGAUAAAAUGUCAUACCAUGCAGCUGUAGUAGCAGAUGAACCAAGAAGUUUUCAUGGAACAUCUGCUAUGGCACAGCAGCCUAAGCCUUUUUCUGUUAAAACCAGUUCUAAAUUACCCGUUGUUUCAAAUGAAGAAUCUCUAGCCACAAGUCCUUCCCUUGAUGUAAAAAAACCUAAAGUUCGAAAGAGAUUGUCUAUUUAUGAUGAACUUGAAGUACCAAAUAAAUCAAAGUACCAGACACCAAUUUUGAAAACCCGCAUUCCUAGUAAGUUGAAAGCUGAUCAUUUUAAAAUUCUAGAAACAGAAAAGCAAAGUGUGAGUGAUUUGGAGUCUCAAAUUUUUUUUAUAUAUCUCAGAAAGGUUUUAUGAAGUGCAAUCCAAUAGCAAUAUUCUUGUACCUGGCCUCAAAUCAAAAUUUGCUUUAUUAGACAGUUCUGAAGUUGAAAAAUCAAAAUUUUCUUAUCUUUAUGUUCUUAAUGAAAAGGCAGACUCUCCAGAAACACUAAAAAAAUGUCUAGGUCUUUUAUAUGAUUCAUUCCAUGUUCAAGAUAACGCCAAUCAUUUAGUCAUAGCUGGGGAUGGUGCCACAAUUCGAAUGCUGUUCAACAUAAAAAAGGAGGGUGGUGAAUCGAUGGAUUGGUUAAUACCAUUCUUAGGAGAUUGGCAUAUCCUCAAAAAUUUCCAAGAAGUUUUAAUGAAAUUGUAUUGGGAUGCUGGCCUUAAGGACAUUGCCAAGAUGUCUCAUAAACACUUAACUUUGCAGAGUUUAGGGGCAUGUUCUAAUUUCAAAAGAACACAUAGAUUUUUCUUACAGGUGUAUGAAGCCAUUUAUCUCUAUCAAAUGCAGUGUUUUUUUGAUUAUCAGAUCGGCUUAACUCCUUCAUGCAGUUCAGAUGAGUUUUUGAGUCAAGUCAAGGAAGUUUUGUCUUGCCUCAGUAACGAAAAUGGUACUUUUCUGGGUAUUUGCGAAUUCAAAGAAGCUGAAAAGAAAUUACUUUCUAAUACAUUGAAUGUGCAAAAAGAACUUUCUGAAUUUCGUGAAUCAAUGUGCCAAAAGUGUGAAAAUUUCAAAUUUUGGAAUCAGUUUCUCAUGGAAGAUUGUUUUUCUUAUAUUGCAUUGUGGAUUGCAAUUAGAUCGGGAAAUUGGGAAUUAAGAUUAGCAGCAUUGAAAGAAAUGAGUCCUUUAUUUCAUGCUUGCGAUAGACAAAAUUAUUCACGUUUAAUACCUAUGCAUUUAAGUAUGAUGUAUACACUGCCUGACUACAUAUUGAAACCCUUUCAAGACGGUGCAUUUGUAUCAAAUAUAAAUGGAAAUAGUUUUUCCUCUGUAGGCCUCGACGAAGCGCAUGAGAUGUUGAUUAAUAAGGACUGCAAGAUGGCGCUUUCUCGUAGCUUGCCUCAGAAUAUGCAAAAGAUAGCAGAUACACUUCAAUAUCAAGGUCAAAUGAUUCAUAAUCUUGAAAAUCAGUUAGGAACUGGAAGAGAAAGUUCUCUUCUCAGAGAUCAACAUAUGUCUGUUAUUCAAGCAGAAUUUUCUAAUGUAAAACUUUAUCUUGAUAAAGUAUCAAAAACAAUGAUGUUCAGUCCUCAGCAGACAAUCAAGUUGCAUCAUGUUUUUACAUCUGCACCAGUCAAUCCAAAUCAAGAGAAAUGUUUGUUAAAUUUUAGAGAGAUGGGAAAAGAAUCAUAUUUGUCAUAUUGUAAUGUUCAAAUUCUCCAUGAUACCUCAGUAGAAAAACCAGUUAUUCGGAAGAUGAAACUAAAAACCUUUGCCAAGGAAAAGGUCAGGAAAAGAAAAGUAAGUGAUCUAGAAAAAGAGAAGAAAAUGAUAACUUCAUGUUAUAAACGAGCUAUAGCAUAUUCCCAAGAACAUCAGCAGCCAAUUGCUGAUUUAUGUCAAUUUGUAGCUUUUCCGAGGGCAAUCUGUUCUACCGACGGUUUGCCGAGGAAAGGGGCAAAGUCUGUUAUGUACGAUCAUUUUAGUAAAAGAUACAUUUCUGACUUUAAAAUUGUUAUAAAUUCUUUUGAAAAGCCAGAAAGUGAAUCAUGCGUCAUCAUUGAAGGAAUGAACAUCAUAUAUGCGUCUCCUUUUAAAGACAUAAAACUUUUUAAACACUAUGCUAAUUUUUUGAUCAAUCGUUGGGUAAAACCAUAUUAUCGCAAGGGUUUCAAAGAAGUAAGGAUAUUAUUUGAUCAGAGUAAGACACAGGGGAUUUCACCCAAAGGCAUAGAGCGCAAACGUAGGGAUGAUGUUGACCAGAACGAGGAUGUUUAUGAAAAUAUAGAGGAUAAUGUUCCUGUUCCCCCACAUUGGAUGAAUUUUCUUAAGA